UCGGUACACUUGUACAUGGUAUAUGGUGUAAGGAUCAGGUUCGGUAUACAUCAUUGAUGUGGGGCAUGCGCACUAUUUCGUGCAUUGCAGGCUGCAAUGCUGUUGGCAGUGGACUGAUAACGCACGAGAUAAGAUUUUACGGCGAUGUUGAGAGUGACGAUAACAUUUUUAGUCUUUACGUUUACUAUUUAGUAUAUUAUAUUAAUUCAAUACUAUUUAUUGUUUUUCGAGUACCCAUCAAAGGCCACCUUUAAUGCGUAUUUUCUGAACACGAAAUAGUCGUUCUUUCUACUCCAUUGCUGUAGUGUAUUUUUUUCUCCACAUAGUUGAGAUUUCAACUUAGUAUAUUAAGCAUUAUGGCAGUGCGUAGUACUGGGCCUCUUUUGGCGAGAUUGCGUGACCUGAUGAAGUUAAAAUAUUUAGGUGAACCUAUUCAAGGUUAUAUUGUUUUAUCAGAAGAUGCUCAUCAAAAUGAGUAUAUUUCCGCAUGUGAUGGACGGCGAGCUUUUAUUACUGGUUUUACAGGUUCUGCUGGUGUUGCUCUUAUUACGCAAAAUGAGGCCUUAUUGUGGACUGAUGGUCGUUACUUUGUCCAAGCCCAACAACAGUUAGAUGAUAAUUGGACUUUAAUGAAAAUGGGAUUACCAGAUACACCUACAUUAGCUGAAUGGCUUACAAAAAAUAUGAAAGCUGGUUCUAGAAUUGCUGUUGAUGCAAAUCUAAUAACAUAUAGUGAAUGGCGUAGAAUCAAUAAAGAAAUAAAAUAUAAAGGCAUUAAUUUGGUUCCAUUAGAUACCAACCUCAUAGAUCGUAUGUGGUCUGACCGUCCAUCUAUCCCAUCAAAUCCAGUUAAACCGUUAAACAUUACAUUUACUGGUAAAAAGUGUGGUGAAAAAGUUGAAGAAGUUAGACAGAAAAUGACUGAAAAAAAUGCUACUAUUUUGUUAGUAACUGCUCUUGAUGAAAUUGCAUGGUUACUAAACUUGAGAGGAUCUGACAUUACGUAUAAUCCAGUAUUUUAUUCAUAUGUCAUUGUCACACACACAGAUGUCCAUUUAUUUGUUGAUGAUAAAAAGCUAGAUUCAACUGUACCAGAACAUUUUAAAAGUGAAAACUUGUCAGUCAUUAUACAACCUUAUGAUAAACUACAUACAUUUUUCAAUGAUAUUCUGGCAUCAGACAAUAGUAAGACUGGAAAAGUUUGGGUGUCAGACCGAUCUAGUUAUAACUUGGUUAACAUUGUACCUAAAUCAAAUCGCAUAUCUAAACCUACUCCAAUUCCACUCAUGAAAGCUAUUAAAAACUCAGUUGAAAUUAAUGGUCUUAAAAAUGCCCAUAUCAAAGAUGGUGCUGCAUUGUGUUCAUAUUUUGCUUGGUUAGAAGAAAACAUAUCACUUGGAAAUUUAACCGAAAUAUCAGGUGCUGAAAAGUUAUUAUCAUUUAGAAGCUUGCAAGAAGAUUUUGUGGGUCCAAGUUUUGAAACAAUUUCUUCAUCUGGUCCAAAUGGUGGAAUAAUUCAUUAUUCACCAACUCCAGAAACUGAUAGAAAAUUAAGUGUAGAUGAAAUGUAUUUGUGUGAUUCUGGCGGUCAAUUUUUGGAUGGAACUACUGAUGUAACUCGUACACUGCAUUUUGGAACACCUACUGAAUAUCAAAAAGAAUGUUUCACCAGAGUUUUUAAAGGCCAAGCAAAUUUAGCCAUGAGCAAAUUUCCUCACAAAAUCCUUGGAAAUUGUCUGGAUUCAUAUGCACGAAGAUUUUUAUGGGAUGUUGGUUUAGAUUACAUGCAUGGUACAGGUCACGGUAUUGGUGCUUACUUAAAUGUACAUGAAGGACCUAUGGGAAUAUCUUGGAGAGAAAUACCGAAUGAUCCUGGAUUACAAGCUGGAAUGUUUUUAUCAAAUGAACCAGGAUAUUACGAAGAAGAUUUUGGUAUUCGUAUUGAAGACAUUGUCUUAGUUAAAGAUUCUACAACUGACUAUAAAAUGCCACAGAAGCCAUUUUUACAAUUUGAAACUGUAACUUUGUGCCCUAUACAAACUAAAAUGUUGAUGAUAGAUUUGCUCACUGAUAAAGAAAUUGACUAUUUAAAUGAAUACCAUCACAGGUGUUUGGAAGUACUGACACCGUUAUUAGAAAAAUUAAAUGAUCAGAGAGCAUUAACAUGGCUUAAAAAGGAAACACAACCAAUUAAGCGAUAAAUGAUGUUUAUAAUUACACAUUAUUUAAUCAAUUUUCAGUUGAAUGUUUUUUUUUUUUUUUUAAUUGACAAAAAUCCUUAAAAUAAAAAUUAACAUUGUCAUUUUAUAUAUAUUUAGUAAUACUUUUCAGCCAUGUAUAAUUAUAAUUUAUAAUAUAUUUAUUCACCAAUC